AUGAAGCUCUUCGCUAGUCUCCUCCCAGCCCUGGGCCUGUGCGCCUCACUCAACACACGCCAGGACACCUGGGGCGGCAGUGUCUCUCUCGGUCCCAGCAAAUCCACCAUCAUAAAUGCCGUCACAACCCUCAUCCCCGGUCCAGCACCCGAGACCCAGAAUGGCGUCCUCUUCCUCUGGCCCGGCAUGAGCAACGGCACCGGCGACCUGAUCCAGGCUACGUUGGAAGGCUGGGAGAGUAACGACUGGUGCGGCGCGCAGGCUACCGAGUGGUGCGUUCGCGCCAGUGUAUUCGGCAGCUUUGGCCAGCUGGACGGUGAGCCUGGGGUUGCUGCUGGGGAUGACCAGGUAAAGAUCGAGUAUACGCUCGAGGACGACAAUGAUACUUGGACGCAGACCGUGACGAAUGCACAAACCGGUGAUGUCCUUUCGACCUUCUCCCACGCCUCUGGGCCUUACAUGACUGGAUACGGAACCGGCACCGAAUGCAACGAGGAAUGCACUGGGACUUCCUCGGACCAGAAAUACAUCAACACCAAGAUCACCCUCGCCGAAGCCGACACCACCUUUGGAGACACCAUUGCCACAGCCGGUGGUGGCACGUACGAAGGAUUGUCGUCGAGCGAGGGAGGAAAGGUGUGGACGAUUGAGAGCAUCACUCUGCCUGCCAUGCUUUGA